AUGAUAAAAUUAAGAAACAAUACGUUACAAUGGCGUUACAUGCAACAAAGAUGGAAUACAAUCGAAAUAAAACCGCAACAAGCAAUAUUGAAGUGCUACAGGAAUAAAUACCAACAAAAUAGAGACCAUAAAUUAGGCCUUCAAUGGAUGUACUACCGUACACAAGAUAAAAAUAAAAAUAUAAUACGAGCAACACACAAUAGAAAAUUGAAGGCGCUAAAAUACAAACAAAACAAAACAUCAACAAUAAACAAUAAGAAAGACAAAAGUAACGAAGAUAAUAAUGAUGGAGAACAAACAAUCGAAUCUCGUCAAUUUAUCAAACAUCCACUUAAACAAACAACAAUUGAAUGCACUAGUCGACGAUCUUGA